CUGCGAGCCGCUCAGAAGCUCCCGGAGACGGACGUGGACGCUUCGCUUUGUGGAUGAACGCUUUGUCUGUCCUUUAUGAAAGCGGAGUACGAAUUCCCCGGGACGGGCUGCUGGCUUCGACAGUAGCAUCAGAGGAGUCGGGAAGUUUUACAGGUAUCCUGGAGACAUUUUUGCACCAUGCAGGAGGCAGUUGACACCGCUGUGCCCGCUUUAGGCCUGCCCAUGGGGACCGGAGAGUUCUCCGAGCAGCAGAUGGGCCUCGCCGACAAGAUCCCUUUGGUGAAGCCCUACUUUAAAAAGAAACACGCACAGAGAAAACUGGACACAAAAUGCUUACGUGCUUUAGAGGACCCUAUUUUGAGCACAUUAUUAAACUCGGACUCCCUCGUGUCAGGGGACGGAGUGUUUGUUCCACGUAACCCGGCUCAACCUCAGCGGAAUAUAUGCACCGCCGCCGUAGAGAAGCAGUCGAGGAUUAGUCAGGUGUGCCUGAAGGAGGAAGAUGAGGAGGAGAGCACGGACACUGAUGUGGCCGCGAGCGAGCUCGCGGGGGAACAGAAGGUGACGGAUAUUCAGCGGGUGUCAAUAGACACUAAUGAGCGUCGCUUCCAGCCCCAGGAGCGCGACGAGGUGGCGCCCUCCUCCGUCGUUUCGGGGUCGAAGUUAAAUGACAUCUACACCACUGAGACUUUGCAGGGUGCAAAUUGCCUCGCCAUCAAAGAGGGCGAGAUCUUUCAGGAUAAAAGCGAGGAGGCCUCUUUGGAUCUAGUGUUUGAACUCCUGACCCAGCUCCAGUAUCACACGCAUCAAGGGGACGCUGUAUCGAUCUGUGUGGAUUUCCUCCAGGGCGUUUGCGUCUAUGGCAGUGACUGUGCCCAGCACCACACCGUUUUACCUUACCACUGGCAAAUCCGCAGAGCAGAUACGCAGAUCUGGCAGAGCAUAUCGGAUGACUCUCAAGAACAACUGGAAAGGCUUUAUUGCAACCCUGACAACGAACAUGUCAGACUUAAGUUUCUCGGUCGAGUGUUUACGUUGGACUUCAGUGCCAUGCGAGUUUGUGACCUGGAGUUUGACCUUGUCAGGCGUCUGUCCACGCCUUCCAGCUCCACAGCCACGCCCACAAACACAAGCCCCACCCCUAACUGCCUGACUGUGUGGAAGUACUACUGUAGAGAUAACUUUGGCUGGAGAGAAUAUUCAGAGCCGGUGGUUCGGUUGAUUGAGGAGGCCAGCGGCCGAGGACUGAAGGAGGUCCGUUUCAUCACGCUGCAGAAUCAGUACAUCUUGAACAUCCGCGAGGGCUUCCAGCAAAAUGCUGUUUUCGGUUUCCGCCGGCAGAUCAAAAAGCGACCGCUGUUCAGGUCCUCCAUCAUGCUCACGCCUUACCUCCAGACUCUCGGUGGCCUUUCCUCAGCAUUUCUCUCCUCACUGGAAAGUUCUGGAAACCAACCUCUCUCUCCUACGUCAAACGGUCCCUCCAAAGUGUACCCUGAGACUUGGUUACCCAUGAACACCAGUCAGGACUACCUGCAGGUGCCCGUCUCCCGAGAUGACCGCAGCUACCGGACUGUCUAUAGCCUCUUCCACAAGACCGUAUCUGAGACCAAGUUCCGCAUCCUGAAGAUCCUCCGUGUCCAAAACCCCUUCCUCUGGGAGAAAUACAAAAGGAAGAAGGAAUACAUGUCACGGAGAAUGACAGAAAUGGACCGCAUGCUAAACGAACGCCACCUGUUCCACGGCACGUCCCAGGAUGUGGUGGAGGGCAUCUGCAAGCACAAUUUUGACCCACGUGUGUGCGGCAAGCACGCCACCAUGUUCGGCCAAGGCAGCUACUUUGCACGCAAGGCUGUCUAUUCUCACAACUUCUCCAAGCGCUCGCCCCGUGGUGUGCACUACAUGUUUCUGGCCAAAGUCUUGACAGGCAAGUUCACAGUGGGCAACCCUUCCAUGCGCCGACCACCUCCCCUGAAUCCAAGAGAACCCUCCAGUGACUUAUUUGACUCCUGCGUGGACAACUGGAUGGACCCGCAGAUCUUUGUCAUCUUCAGCGAUGAUCAGAGUUAUCCUUACUUCAUCAUUCAAUAUGAAGAGGUGGGCAAUACAGUGGCUAUUUGAAGAU